AUGGCGGAUGCUCAGGCCACUGCUGGCGCCGGGGGAGAUCGUCCCCCACUAGGACCUGGCCAAGUUGGGCCCAACCACGCCCGUAAUGUGGCGAAGAAGCGCCGUCGCAGAGAGAGACGGGAGGCCCAAAAUGCCGCUAUAGAGCAGCGGCGAAGAGAGAUACGCGCGGGGAUAACCCGCCACUACAUCAACCUCCAGGUGGAGGAGGCAUUGACCAACGAGUUUGGUCCCGCCGCCCUUCGGGGCGGACGCACUUAUGCCCGCGGCGGUUCCCGUGGUGGACGGGGUCGUGGGGGUGCCCGUGGUGGCCGCGGCCGUGGGGGCGGUCGCGGCGCUUUCCACGGGGCCCCGGCGAACCCCGUCCACCACGGGGCCGCCCCCGUUAUUCCUGGUGGACCUGUUACGCCCGCCGUUGGCCCCGCGCCGGCUGUCGUCGGCCCCGUUAUGCCCAUCGUCGGCCCCGUGGCGCCCGUGGUUGGUCCUGCUGCGCCCGCUCUCGACAAUGCUCCGGCUGCUGUUAGUCCGGAUGUGCCCGCUGUCGGCCACGCCGACAUGGCUGCUGAUAUUCUCGGCGCGGCUAAUCCCGCCGCGCCAGUCUUUAAGUACGAGGAAGAUAUUGAUUUGAAUGCGCAGUGA